AGAAGUUGUCAUGGUGGGCGAUUUCAACUCCAGAGUAGGGAAAGCUUCCAGUAGAGGACAGGCGAUCGGGCAGCACGGAGAAGACAAAGUGAAUGACAACGGAGUGAGGAUGCUUGAAUUCUUGGGAAGCAACGAACUGAUGGUGUUGAACGGUAGGAGGGAAUGCGAUAAGCCGGAGUUCACAAGGCAACGGGCAGUUUGCAAUGAAUACUCAAUCCUCGACUACAUCCUGGUAGAUAGGGGGAGCACGCAGAUCCCAGAGCUGCACGUGAAGGGACUAGUGAAAAAGAAGAAAAAGUGUAUUUGGGACGAAGUAGUGCAGAAGGCCAACGGAGGCCUGGAAGGGAUCGUCAAGCAGAUGUGGGAAGAGAUUAGUGGAACGAUUCAAGCGUGGGAGGCCCACACCGACUACAUCCGUUACCUGGAGGUCCACCCGACGCUGCCGUACGUGCUCUCCGCCUCGGACGACAUGAGCGUCAAGCUCUGGGACUGGGAGAGGCAGUGGGACUGCACACAGGUGUUCGAGGGCCACGCCCACUACGUGAUGAUGGUGAAGUUCAACCUCAAGGACUCCAACACCUUCGCUAGCGCUUCCCUCGACAGGAGCUUGAAGGUCUGGGGUCUCGGCGCGCCCACGCCUCACUUCUCCCUGGAGGGCCACGAGAGGGGGGUCAACGCGAUCGACUACUACCCCGGCGGGGACCGCCCCUACCUGCUCUCUGGCUCCGACGACCGCACGGUUAAGAUCUGGGACUACCAGACCAAGACGUGCGUGCAGACCCUGGAGGGGCACACCAACAACGUCUCCGCCGUGCUCUUUCACAAGCGCCUCCCCAUCAUCGUCUCCGCGGGGGAGGAUGGCACCAUCCGCCUGUGGCACUCGACGACGUACCGAGCGGAGACGACUCUGAACUACGGCAUGGAGAGGGUAUGGGCCUUGGCUGCCUCCCCCGACAACAACAAGGUGGCCAUCGGCUUCGACGAGGGGACAGUGGUGCUCAAGCUCGGGCACGAGAUGCCGGUGGCCUCCCUGGACACACACACGGGCAAGGUGGUGUGGGCCCUCAACAGCGAGAUCCAGACCACCUCCCUCAAGGGGCUAGUGGGUGACGGGUCCGACGCGAAGGACGGGGAACGCCUCGCCGUCGUGCCGAAGGGCGGUGGUAGAAACAAGGGUCGCGUCAAGUCCAAAAAAAAAAUCUUCAAAAACUUCACGACUUCUCUUCUCGAGAGAGAAGGAUGCACGUUUGCGGACGCAGCGACGGCUGGGCGCGCACGCAAGGCUGCCGAGAAGGCCGACUACCCUACCCUGAAGCGUACGGCCGCUGCUACCCUCGAGAAACUCAAAAAAGCUCAGUUGGCGAAGCGUAGAGAGGCUCGAGUCCGCAAAUCGGCGGAGCAGGCCGCAGAAGAGGAGCGACAACUGUUGGCGCGAGAGCGAGUCCUGCGCGCCGAUCUGAAGAAGGAGCUUGGGGAGGAGCAGCGACGUAGAAUCGAGGCGGAGCAACGGGCGCAAGCAGCGAUCGCACGCGAGCAGGCCUCGGAGCAUCAGAGGCAGCAGCAGAGGGCUGCUGAUGGAGAGGCGGUGGCGAUCGUCCUGACCCAGCUGGGAAACUUGCGGUUGGAGAAAAAAAUGCUUCAAGAUCAACAGCGCGAGAUGGUUGAGAUUUUUUGUCCACAAGCGGCAAGCGUGAUGGCGGUGCAGCAACAGCAGCACAACCGGAAUCCGCUGCUUUCCGCGAAAGACCAGCUCAUCCGCACCCGGAUGGAGGUAGAGCAAGCGAGGAGGGAGCUGGAGGCGGCGUCGGCGUGGGGAAAGGUUGCCGAGACGAGAAAUGCUAAUUUGAAGAAAAAGAACGGGCGGGUCCGCCGUCGAUGCGGGCGGGUUCGCCGUCGAACCGGUGGGGUCCGCCAUCUAUGACCGGUCGGGCUGUGGGGUACUGGCUUUUUGUGUGUGCCAGCAGCCUCAGUGAGCGCAGUGACGGGUGUCCACCUCGCGCAUUGCUGCGUGAACGCGCUUGACCAUAUUUGUCCAGUCUGUUCGUGUGUGUUCGUGUGUCUUUUUAUUUUGAUUCAAAUUCCGAACGUUUUUAUUGGUCCAAGAAGGAAAAGCGCAGUCUUUUUGCCAAGAAAAGUUCACCUGGUUUGGGACACAUUUUCGGCCUCAAAAUAGGGGUAACCCCAGGGUCU